AUGGCAGAGCAAAAAGUCGGAUUAGGUGAAAUGAGAAAUAAGAAAAUCCAAAUUUCAACCGAUGCGGAAGAAAAUUUCCCCGGAAUUAAUGCUAGCGAUGAUAAUGGUAAUGUUAUCGGUGGUGAACAAGUUCAGGGAUUAGCCACCGAUGAGGAUGCUCAAAUGAUUAGUAUAGAAACAGAAAAAAAGGUAUACCCUUUUAUUGGCAAUGGACGCUAUGCCCAUUUUGGACAAACUUAUUCUCAUGAUUUUCAUAGGAGAGCAGCAGCAUCGUACCCUAUAUGUGAUGGAUUUUCACAAUUCCGCCCUCCAAAUCUAUUCAAUGUUGCUGAGGAUUAUGAAAACCAAGAGUUCGGGCGGGACCCAAAUCGGUUGGAUUACUUUAGGGUCAUGCCUUUUGAUGUCUUUGGAGACGAUCAUCUCACUGGAAUUGUUGGUUAUGGCGGUGGUGUUGGUGGUAGACUGGAUCGUGGCCUAGUGGAAGGUCUUAUAGGUAGUAACACUGCGGUUGCAGGUGGUGGUAUAAGGUUACGAGUUCCGGUUGGGAUUUCUGCUAAUAAUGGUACUGAAGCGGUACUGGAAAGAGUCAACCAGGAAAAAGGUAAUGGCGUUGAUGGUGGUGGUGGUGGUCGUAGGGUUGUGGGCCCGCGGUUGGAGAAGGAAAGAGGUAGUAGCGAGACUGCCGGAGUAGGUGGUGGUGAUGGUGGUGAAGGUGUAGUCGAAAGAUUGCUUGGAUUGAAGAAGGAUGGUGCAACAGUGACUGUGCGGGUGGCGGUUAUAGUGGUGAUGUUGUUGAUGAUGGUGAUGGUGAUGAUGGUGUUGGUGUUGGUUAUGGGGAAGAUGGAAGUUAAGGGGUAG